AUGAUAACUAGAGGAGGCGCGCGACGAGGCAACCCCCCCCUUCCCCGGCCCGCCGGGGUAAACAAGGCCGCGACCCGCGCCGCACACUUACCGGGAGCCGCAGCGCGGCCGCUGAGCCCGGGCGGACUAGACCGGGUCCGGCCGGGCCAGAGGUUUCAGACACAGGCGCAGAGGCGGCGGCGGAGACUACGGGCCGACGCCGGUCAAGCCCGCGCUCCUUCCUCCGGUGGAGCCGUCUCCGCAGCUCCGGAAGUGCUCAGUGCAGUUGCGUCACUUCCGGCCCGGGGUCGACCCGAGGUCGCCGAGGUCGCGGGCUGGUGCUGGGUGAUAGCGUCCCUUGGCCCGCGCUUCACUGCAGUCCAGCACUGCGAUCCUGAGUGUGACCUGGCACGGCCAGUGCCCACGGCUGCGGGAGGCGGCGGAGGAGAGGAGCCGGCUUAUUGGAGAGUGGUCAAGGCGUCUCUUCCGGCUUUCGCCCGCUGGCACCGCCCGCCGGGUAAUUUUAACCAGCGUUUUUCUGAUGGACUGCUCGCUUCACUGUAUUCGAGUGUAGUGCACACAGAAGACAUGCUGACGUCCAUGGAGUACCAAAGGACCGUUGUCUCCCGGCCGCUGUCUGGAGGAAGAAGAACUGGGGCUCUAGGUCGCUGCGCCGGCCCGGGAAUUUCUGCCUGCACUCUCAGCCCGCCGCCUGGUGGCCCCCAGCCGCACAGACCGGGCCGGGCUUUCCCUUUACUCUCCGCGGCCUGGCCCACCCAGGUCUCCCGCUUCAUCGUCCAAGAUUGAAUCGUGAUUUCGUUUCUUCAAUUCCACAUUUGCCUUGCUACACGGUUUCUAGAAGCAGUUUAGGAAGUAUGCGUCAUUAUGACUGCCAGUUCCUUCUAGGACCUGUUGCCAAGUGUUGUGGAUAGAAAGACCCGGAGACUCCCUCAGGUUGCUGCUGCACGAGUGAAAAUGCGAGGGUGAAGCGGGUGAUGUUACGGAGCAUCCUGGCUGUGCGAGUCUUCUCAUAACCCAAACUAUUUCCACCCAUACACAAGUCGUGUAUGUACUGAUACGCAAAGAAUCUGUGUGUAACGAGCUCUUAUUUCUUGCUCCAUGCGUGUAUUCGUGUAUUUCUUAUACAUGGUUUUCAGCUAACAGUUUAAGAGCAUGUACCUAAAUAAGGCGCAAAUACUAGAAAUCCUCCCUCCUGCAAAAGGAAACAAAUCCUAGAAAGCCCAAAUAAAUUUGGAGUGAAAAUCAAUAGCAAUGACUAACAAUUGCAGGAUUACGAAUUGUAUAUAUGUUAACAACGUAAAAGUCUACUAAACUUGAA